CUCCCUCCCCCUCUCUCCCUCUGCAUGCUCUCAUCUCGUCCUGCAGGGAUAGACUCUCUUCCUCCGCCGCUGCAGCCUGACUCUGACACAACCGGCAUGUCUGCAAACUGAGAGCCGCACAGGAAGACACACACACAGGCGCAAUCCCCUCCUUCUUAAGACGCACAACUUGUGUUUUCUGUCCCCCUCGUUGAAGCAGAAGAAAGAGGCUGAUUAUAACACUGCGACGAGGCUUAUUUUUUUUUUUGGAGGGACAAAGAUUUGGAAGAGGAUCAAAACAAGGUCUGUCCCCGAUAACGUGACCACUGAAGGAAGAGAACACAGAACUGCUUCAUCAUGAAUUUUGUAAUGAAAGCUGCGCUGGGAGGAGGUCCUCCUGAUGUGGGCAAGAUGCUGGGUGGGGAGGAGAAGGAGGAGGACCCUGAUGCAGCCAAGAAAGAGGAGGAGAGACAGGAGGCGCUGAGGCAGCAGGAGGAGGAGAGGAAGGCCAAAUAUGCCAAGAUGGAGGCCGAGAGGGAAAGCAUGAGGCAAGGCAUCAGGGAUAAGUAUGGUUUGAAAAAGCGCGAGGAGGCUGAAGCCGAGGCAGCAGCUGCCGCAGAGGAGCCCGCAGAGGGCAGCUUGACUCGACCCAAGAAGGCCGUGCCGGCUGGCUGCGGUGACGAGGAGGAAGAAGAGAGCAUCAUGGACACAGUGAUGAAAUACCUGCCAGGCCCGCUGCAAGACAUGCUGAAGAAGUAGGCUAGCUUGCAAGCUAACGCUAACGUUAUCUAGCUUAGUUAAUAGGCGACAUUCACAAGGUUGGCUUAAAUCAGGUUUCCACCCACAUGACAGAUGUGAACAUGAAAUUUAAUCCGGCAUGGGAGCGUUGGUGUUUGGACAAAGUUUUAUGGUGGGGAAAUGAAUCAGAUGUGAACCAGCAGUGUGAAUUGCAGCCAUUAGACGGCCAGGUGAACGUUAGCUAACGUUAAAGUUAGCUAUGUUACGCUAAUGAAGCUAACAGCGAGCAGAGGGGCUAAAAAACACAAUGUUAGAUGGUUUAUCCUUCUAGUCUGAGACAUUUUAAACUCCUUUUUCUCUCCUCUGCAGAGCUCUCUCGCAGCACUGAAAAAUAAUAUCCGUGUCCACCACGCUGUUCACUCAAUUUGUACAUAAAUAAAUAAAUGAAUAUUACAAGCCUCAAGGUGGGCAAACAAUCAUAAAAUAUUAUAUGAAAUUAUUAUACUUACUGUGUGUCUGUCUCUAAAAUAAGAAAAGAUGUGAUAACUUGAUAAGCCAUAUUUUAAAAAGGAAAUUUAAAGACUACUGUUGUGUGCUCCUAAAGCUACUGUUUUGUGUUCGACCAUGUCUGAAACUUAUGUAAAACUUUUUGCACACAGUGUUACACAUUCUCUGCCCUGUCGGACCUGUUGUCUCUCUCCCCUACACAUCAGUGUAAUAACAUUCAUGUAGUGUAGUGUUUAAAAAAUGUUUCUAUUCCCCUUGUUCAGUGCGUCUCCUUCUCAUGUCUUGCAUGCCAUUUGUCUGAACACGUUUGUUGUGUGAAUAUGUAAAAACUCACUGCGCCCUGCCCCUUUUAUCCUCUUCUUUAUCAUGCAAAAAAUAUUAAGGCAAUAACUCCUAAGUUUGAGUGUGUUUUCACUACCGUGUCGAUAUAACCGUUAAUAAUAUCAGUAAUGAAAAAAUGAUAUGUAUGCAUUCAGGAAAUUUCAUUUACAGGGUUUUCUUUUUUUGUUGGCUCAUUGUUUCGAUGAAGAAUGAUCAUGUAGCCGUUAAUACAAACAGCCAAAACCUUAAGCUUUCAGCCAUAAAACCAGAACUUACAGUAUAUAUACUAUUACUAUCAGGAUCUACUACUAGGGAGAGAAUACUGAGUGAAUCUGUAUGAAUAAAGAAGAAAUAUGUAUUUAUAAUAAGCAGUAUACACUUAGAAAGUGGACUAUAAGUCUGGAUUUUGCAUCAAGAAAGAUACCACUCUCCCUCAACACACACACACACACAUACACUCAUACACAUGCAUACACGCACAUACACGCACACAUACACACACUGUGACUUUGGCUACUGAUUUAGUUCCACUGCAAAACCAGACAUGAAGUGAUGCUCGAUUCAGUUCUACUUAUUGUUGGUUCAGGUGUGAGAAUGAGCUGCUGAGCGUGACGUGUUAUGCCAUUGAGCAAUAAAAGAUUAUCAUGUAUGUUUCUGCCUGAGAUUCAAUAAAAACUUAAAACCUUGUUCACAGA